AAGUAGCACACGGACCAUAGGUGCGGCACGCUGCUGACAUGCGCGUGUCCGUGGAGAAGGCGCACGCCCGCUCCAAUGAAAGCCGUCCGUGCCUCCGUCCGUCGGUCCACGCAGCAGUCUUCCAUUUUAGCGGCGCUUGACCGGAACAGAUGUCGCCGUGUGUGUCCCGAGGGGACAGGCGGUAUGUCUCCUUCUGAUCAUUAGAAUGCAUUGAUGCGGAAAAACAACCGGCCGAUGAAAACAAGCGACUGUGGAGGUCAGUGAUGACAUCUCUCUGGCAUUGUCUGACACUUCCUAAUUCCUAACUACAUUACCAUGGCGACAGGAAGAAAAGGCUCCACCUCCAGGGCUGGUGGGGUGCAUUUCCCUGACGACGAGGAGCCCCCUGGCUCUCCAACACGGAGAGACGACGAGUCCAACAUUUGUACCCUCAUUGCUGUCCUGCAGAAAGAUGGCAGCUACCUGGUCAAGGCUGGUUUCCUGAAGUGCCACCACUGCUAUGAGAUUGUCUUCACUGUCCCAGAUGUCCCCACCCUGGGCAAAGAGCUCUCUUGUCUCCCUUCUUCCUCUCCAGCUCGGCGGUUCCCCAACCUGCGGGUCCAUCGUAUUAGUUCCACUGUGGAGGGAGGAGUAAAGGUAACGUGUGAGUACAGGACUCACCAGGAGGGAGUGCUGCAGGAGGAGAUCACCCUGGUAACCAGAGGGAGGAAAGGAAGCAGUCUGAAGGUCAGAUUCCAGGCAAAGAUCAUUGACCCACAUCACGGGACUCCCAUGCUGCUGGAGGGGGUGAAGUGUCUGGAUGCUCAGAAACACCCACACAGGAAGCAGAGCAGUGAACGAGAGAGGAUGUGACACAAUGGUGCAGACAUGUUUCUGUGUCUGGAUCAGGGCCCAACACCAAAUUAUAAACCGCUUUAGUGGACAGGGAAUGCCUCUGGAAUGCUAUGUUUUGCUAUUGUGAGAUUUUCAGAUAAUGAGAAACUGUCAAAAACCAUGACAUUAAAUAUGUGCUUGAUGGUGAGGCUCUUCCCCCCCAAAAUGUAAAAACACUAGUACCAAUUACCACAUUUACUUGUCUGAGGUCUACUCUUAUGUUGACUGUGUUGAUCUGCAGCUGGUCAGCUCGAUGUGCAUUAGUCCAAACGUAAUAGAGACUCAGCUCAAAUCCAAUCCACUAGUAGUUAGCAGGGCUUGUGCAGGAUGAAACACUAUUACUAACCCAAAUAUUUGAUUGCACUUUGUUAUUGCACCAAUACUAUUCUCACUGUAGACUUUAGUGUAGACGUUGGUGUGCUUUAGUAGACCUGUUCAGUGCACUGGGGCAGCAUGGCAUGUUUGCCAUAAGAUCUCUUCAUAACAAGUCCACCUUUUGCUAUCAGGUAACAUCAUUCCAGCACUUCAAGCAAAAAGAUGUCCAUAGAACCCACUGUCUGUUGUAUGUAUUUUAUCUGUGAAUUUUACAAUAUGCAACGUUGCAUUAGAUGUUAAAAAUCACAGUAAUUAUAACAUUUUUGAUGUGCUUACGAAACAGGACAUAUUAUCCAAAGAUUGAUUGUGAUGUAAAACUGAACCGAAUAAACAGUUUAUUACCGGGCAGGAAAUGCCAUUACUGGUAUUAUUAAAUCAUAUUUUAUAUAAUAGAAGUUUCAAAAAUAUGUUGACAUGAUCUAAGCAUCUUUUCUGUAAGACAUUGCCUUUUUCAUGUGUAUCAUGCCAGCUUCCAUCAAAUAUUGCAAUAACAUGUUGAAGUUGUUUUGAAUAUGCUGUUAUAACACACUGCUAUGAUGGAACAGCAAAAACACUGGUGUUUUACCCUUUAUUUGCAUGAUUAAGACUGUAUGUAAGGAAGUUUAACUUCAGAAGUUUUAUCACAUGAGUAGACAAAGAUAAUGUUUGUAUUGCUGUUCAAUCAAGCUUGAUACAUACAUUCCUCGGGUGAUGAACUGCAUUCGGACAUGCUAAACUUCUCACUCACUUCCUGGUUUCAGGACUCAAACUAUUUAGGCUGAAAAACAUGACCUAGUAAACAUUUAACCUACUAAAAAUGUCUGAGCAACCUGUAAGGACAACUCUCCCCACUAAUCAUAUCCGGACAGUUAGCCACAGAUUGUAGUAGUGAGAGGCUUCUCAAAACUGGAUGAUGUGGUUAAAAAACUGUUCAUUAUAAACCUCUGAGUCAUAACAUCAAGAAUUUGUCUUUCACUAUUUACACCCAUCAGUCUGUAAAUGUCAACUCAAGCAGAGAGAGAAUAAAGCUGACAACAGUAUAA